ACGGAAGAGAAGCGGCCAAGCGGGAGUAAGCGUCUGAGCGACAAAGUCGACCGAGUGACCCAGCGGCGACGCCUCUUUCGCUGCCAUCCCGCCACCGCGCCCCGCCUCCAGGUCCAGCCGUCCAGUGUUCCAGGCCCUCUGCAACUCUGCGUCUCUGCACUCUCCGGCGCUGCGCCACUGCGGCUCGCCAGCCGUCUAGGCCUUCAGCACCUCUGCGGCUCUACGUCUCUUCAGUCUUCCCCUCACGGCCUCACUGCCUCGUUAUCCGUUACUCGGUAACCCGUAUUCUGAGCAUUGGAAGUGUAAAGUAUAAUUAAUGGCUAUUCCGAAAGAACUGUAUCCAUCAGAGAAUGACCUCCCCUACGAGGAAGAGCUUCUGAGGAACCCAUUCAGUUUGAAGUUAUGGUGGCGCUACUUGGUGGCUCGAGCUGACUCCCCUUUCAAGAAGCGUUCCAUCAUCUAUGAACGUGCCUUGAAAGCUCUCCCUGGAAGCUACAAGCUCUGGCAUGCUUAUCUUCGUGAACGCCUCGAAGUAGUCCGCAAUCUUCCCGUCACUCACUCCCAAUACCAAACACUAAACAACACCUUCGAGCGGGCUCUAGUCAGUAUGCACAAGAUGCCCCGUAUUUGGAUAAUGUACUUGCAGACCUUAACAGAGCAGAAGCUGUUGACUCGGACUCGCCGCACCUUUGACCGUGCAUUGUGCGCUUUGCCGGUUACUCAGCACGAUCGGGUCUGGGCACCGUAUCUUUAUUUUGUCAGUCAGAAGGGGGUCCCGAUCGAGACAUCACUUCGGGUUUAUAGGCGGUACUUGAAGUACGACCCCUCUCAUAUCGAGGAUUUCAUUGAGUUCUUGCUGAACUCAGAGUUAUGGCAGGAGGCAUCAGAGAGGUUGGCUGGAGUAUUGAACGACGAUCGGUUCUAUUCAAUUAAGGGAAAGACAAAGCAUCGGCUGUGGUUGGAACUCUGUGACUUGCUGACUAAGCAUUCUACAGAGGUGUCAGGGAUGAAUGUGGAUGCAAUCAUCAGGGGAGGGAUUAGAAAGUUCACAGAUGAGGUUGGGAGUCUAUGGACGUCCUUGGCAGAUUAUUACAUCCAUAGAAAGUUGUACGAGAAGGCAAGAGAUGUAUUUGAAGAGGGGAUGACCACAGUAGUGACAGUGAGAGAUUUCAGUGUAAUUUUUGAUGUGUAUUCAAAGUUCGAGGAAAGUUUGCUGGCAUCAAAGAUGGAUCAGAUGAGUGAAAGUGAAGUGGAUGAUGAUGAUGAUGAGGGCAAUACUUUAAAAAGGGUGAAGGAGGAGGACGAGGAGGAUGAUCGACUAAGCAUCGUAAAACUGGAGAAAAAGCUUAAAAAUUUUUGGUUGAAUGAUGAUAAGGAUGUCGAUUUGAGGCUGGCAAGGCUAGAGUAUCUUAUGGAUAGAAGGCCAGAGCUUGCCAAUAGUGUGCUUUUAAGACAAAACCCACAUAACGUAGAACAAUGGCAUAGAAGGGUGAAACUUUUUGAAGGGAACCCGACGAGGCAGAUACUGACUUAUACAGAGGCGGUUAGAACAGUUGACCCAAUGAAGGCUGUAGGGAAGCCACAUACACUGUGGGUUGGAUUUGCUAAACUGUAUGAGAAGCACAAGGAUGUUGCUAAUGCUAGGGUGAUAUUUGACAAGGCGGUGCAGGUUAACUACAAGAGUGUGGACCAUCUUGCUGCUGUCUGGUGUGAAUGGGCUGAGAUGGAACUAAGGCACAAAAAUUUUAAACAAGCACUUGAGUUGAUGAGGCGUGCUACUGCAGAACCGUCUGUUGAGGUCAAAAGGAGAGUUGCUGCCGAUGGGAAUGAACCUGUACAGAUGAGAAUUCAUAAAUCGCUUAGGCUCUGGACAUUCUAUGUGGAUUUGGAAGAGAGCUUGGGUACAUUAGAGUCAACUAAGGCAGUUUAUGAAAGGAUUUUGGAUCUUAAGAUUGCGACGCCCCAAAUAAUAAUUAAUUACGCUAUGCUUCUGGAGGAUAAUAAAUUCUUUGAGGAAGCAUUUAAGGUUUAUGAGAGAGGUGUCAAGAUAUUCAAGUACCCACAUGUAAAGGACAUAUGGACUACAUAUCUUUCCAAGUUCGUGAAAAGAUAUGGAAAGUCAAAACUGGAACGAGCUCGCGAAUUGUUUGAGCAUGCUGUCGAAGUGGCACCUGCAGAUGCAGUAAAGCCAUUGUUUCUUCAAUACGCUAAACUGGAGGAAGACUAUGGUCUAGCCAAGAGGGCUAUGAUGGUAUAUAACCUAGCAACUAAAGCUGUUCCAGCUAAUGACAAGUUAAGCAUGUACGAAAUUUACAUAGCCCGUGCAGCUGAGAUAUUUGGUGUUCCUAAAACGAGGGAAAUCUAUGAGCAAGCAAUUCAUUCGGGACUUCCAGAUAAAGAUGUUAAAGCUAUGUGUCUGAAGUAUGCAGAGCUGGAGAAGAGUCUGGGAGAAAUUGAUCGUGCUCGUGUGCUGUACAAGUAUGCAUCUAACUACGCGGACCCUCGGUCCGACCCUGUCUUCUGGGAUAAAUGGAAUGAAUUUGAGGUGCAACAUGGAAAUGAGGACACCUUCCGUGAAAUGCUUCGUGUAAAGAGAAGUAUUUCUGCCAGCUUUAGUCAGACACACCACAUUCUUCCUGAACUCCUAAUGCAGAAGGAUCAGAUGCAGACACUUGAGGAAGCUAAGGAUGUUUUGAAACAGGCGGGAGUUGAUGAAGACCAGAUGGCGGCCAUAGAAAAGCAGCUUCUAGUGUCCUCCACCAAUAUCACCUCAAAUGAAACAACACCCAGGGAUAGGGGGGGUAGGGUGGUCGGAUUCGUGAGUGCGGGUGUUGAUUCCACUGAUGCACCUAAGAAUACUACUACUUCAAACAAGGAGGACAUCGAGCUUCCUGAGGAGAGUGAUUCGGAAGGAGAGGGGGGUGGUGAUGGGGAAGUUGAGAUUGCACAGAAAGAAGUGCCCGAUGCUGUGUUUGGUGGUUUAGCCCCCCAAAAGAGGAGAGAUGUCGAUGAGAAAGAUGAGGACAGCCAUCUUGUUGUUGGUGCACUGGAGAGAAUAAAGCGAAGGAGGCAGGGCGGCGGCUCCUAGGCAUUCAGGAUACUGGAUUGUUUGGGAACUGAUUUUACGUCAACGGGCUCUUACCUUUCAUUGCUCAGAUUUUAUUUCUCUUAUUCAUGUAUGCAUGUAUUUAUGUAUGUGGUAGUAGUAGUAGAAUUUGGGGUUGAAACUACUCUGAAGAGUGAAGUUGGCUGGUUUAAGUAACUUGGGCGAUCAAUAGUCAAUACAUACAUCCGCUUUCGUGUGCAAUAAAUAUGCACCAGAAUUUUAUUUAGUACUAUGGCUGAAAACUAUCCAUACUAAUCUAGAUUCGUCAUUCAAAUAGUUCGCGGGACCAUUUUCAGUCAGUUCAGGGAGUGGUUGUUGCCAACUACUAACAGCACUGGACCUGUGGACCAUUAUCCACUACAGACGCCAUUCUGUAUGGUACUAUGGUGUAUCUGAUUAUGUACAUUUUAUUUUUAAGUAAUGUCAUGUUAUAUACAAUAUUAAAAGCAUGUAAAUUUAAAUAUUUAAUACGUAA